AUGGCUCUCCACGCACUGCACGGGCAGAUUGUGGGCGAUGGAGGUGCUGGAAACUUUUCGCGAGCGCAGAUCAAGCUUCUGUACCGUGCCGUUUGCCAGGGAGGAGUAUACACCGGUGUCCAGGAACGUGGUAUCAAGGAUAGGCGCGUCGAGGGCGAUCUGCUCGACCUUCUGCGACGCGUCGAUCAGAGACAGCGAUCCGUCGAGCGACGACGCGACAAGCUGGUCGGGCGCGUACCGCAACGACGGCCUAGCAGUGCGGAAUCCUCCGUCAAUCUGGCAGCUGCCACGGCGGUCCCCGCUGGAAAUAGAAGUUUUCAUGCUUGUCCCACAAGGCACCGAGCCCGGCUGUAUUCAUCUCCGUCUGUGGUCAGUCGUGCGCCGCUUGGCGCAAGCAACGGUUGCUGGACUUUCCAGGGCCUAACAGCUGAAAAUGUGCAACCAGACCAAGCUCAGCAAUGA